CUUGACGGCUUGGCAAGCUUGACUAGCAACCCCUUCUUACCCACCCUCUCCUAAGCAGGACAACGGAAACGCAGAUGCAUUCGUGUACACGAUGCUACAGAGCUCGCAUCCGACCUUCUCUUCGAUUCGCAAUGUCAGAUAUGAGCAUUAUUUUCCUAACAUACAUGACGGUGGGACUCGUGAUGCGGGUCGCUCCGUACUUGCUCGAUCUGUCAGGUUGCCCGGGAGACUCGGAAUGCUUAUCUGCGGACCAUCUGCGUCGGAUCGCUAGCCUCUGCGACAUGCCAACGAAGUGCGUGACCCUUGUUACGGCAAAUAGACGACCUCUCCUCCGACCACGAGCAGGCUGCAGCUAUUCAAGAUGCUGGUCGGGACGCUAUACGCCCUUGCAGGCAUAAGCUUCGCUGGGGCAACGACUUUUCACACGCUCAAAUUGGGACGCAAGAUUGCUCAGGCUCGAUACGUCGAACAAGCAGUAGAUACAUCGGCUGUCGACCCUAUAUACUCCUUCUCCCAGCCCGUCAACCAUUUUCCCGAGGAUGUGAAGUAUGCUUUCAACUCCAAGGCCACGUUUGAGCAGCGCUACACCUUCCGGGCCGAUUAUUACAAGCCCGGCGGGCCUGUCGUCCUAAUCGAUGGUGCGGAGGAUUCUAUCAGCGCUUAUGACGAGAACGGUCAUUACAUCGCGCUUGAUGUUACUUUCGGACGAGUACUAGCCGAACAGACCCAUGGCCUGCUCGUCAAUCUCGAGAAUAGAUGCUACGGCAGCUCGAAUCCCAUGCCAACCGUUUCUACGGACGACCUGCGAUUCUGUACAACGGAGCAGAUGAUCGAGGACUCUGUGCGUUUUGCCCGCGACGUCACAUUUCCCGGCAUCGACGCGCACAUCAAUGCACCUCGAACACCCUGGAUCUACCUCGGCGGCAGCUACGGAGGCGCGAAAGGCGCCUUCACGCUCACCAAGUACAAAGACGUGUUUUACGGUGCAGUGCUCAGUUCGGCUGUCGUACAAGCCGUGCCGUUCUAUGCCGGAUAUUACGAGCAAAUGCACAAGGUCGCCGACCGGACUUGCAUGGACACUAUCGCCACCCUGACCGAGCUCAUCGAUGAGGUGCAUGCAAAGGCGCCCCAUCACCUUCCCAAAGUCAAAGCGCUCUUCGGAUUGGAGGAUGUCGUCGAUUACGGAGACUUUGCUGGAGCUGUCGGUAUCUCAAUCAGUACGUACCAAAAUCAAAAGCUGAUCUCGCCUGCGCCCUACAUCUACGACACGACGUUUAACCAUCUCUGCGGUAAUACGACCGCCAAGCCCACGCCAGAACAGGAAGCGCUUGAGACGAUGUUCUCUCCUUUGACGGGCGGCAAACGAUGGACCGGCCUCGGCGGUUACUCGGCUUUCAUCAAACGCGUCACUGAAGAAUUGUGCCCUCCGCCGUACAGUACAAACGACGCCGACUGCUUCGGAACAAAGAAUGCCACCUACAACAGCAAUCCGGUCAUCGAUCCCGACACGCUCAGCGCGAGAGUGUAUAGCUACUCCUCCUGCACAGAGCUCGGCAUGUUCCAAGUAGCGGCCUCUCCCGGGACGCCCAGUCUUCUGUCUCGUGCGCUGAACGAGUCGUACUUUCAAGCAACCUGCUACAGCUACUUUCCGCCGGGCAAACAUAACAGGAUUCCCAGCAAGCCUGACGUGACUGCCUGGAACUCCUACGGGGGCAACAAAAUUUCACAAGAUCGCGUAGCUUUCAUCGAUGGAGCUCUCGACACCUGGCUGCUCAGAACCGUGCAUAGCCCGGAGCUUCCGCCGCGCCGGAGCUCAACGCUUCGUCCCUCUAUCGUCAUCAAGAGUGCUCGACACUGCGACGACUAUGUCUCGCUUGAGACAAGCAAGCCUUUUGCGGGCGAACCUGCAGAGCUUGCACAUGCGCACGAAAAGGAGCUUGCAGCCGUGCGUGCCUGGCUUGCCGAUUUCGGUAAAUGGAAGCCUGCCUUUGCUACUGUAUAGACCACAGUACGUGCAGAAGCCGUGCAACCAUGAAACGUCACAGGACUGUUGCGCGUGGAUUGCCUGGCUUAGACACUGUUGCACUGUGGCGCGCGUGCCGACGCUGCACUAUCUGGCACUAUCU